ACAGAAUUGUCACUUUGGUCGAAGUGAAUUGCAUGUGUUUUUCCUGUGUUUUCGUUUCGGGUCGCCGGUUUUAAUUGUGAUACCGAAAAAGAUACGUGCCAGAGUGCACAAACGCACAGGGAAAUACAAUCGCAGCAAGCUGCACGCAUCGCGGGCGACCCAUUCGCAACAAAACACCUUCCGUUUGAUUGACAAUAUCUGACCACAGAUCGAAUGGAUUCCGAUCCUGAGGUGGUGCUGGUGGAAAAAAUCGAAGAGGACGAAAUUUCGACAGAUAAGGACAGCGGAAUGGAAUCAGCCACCGGCAGCAAGGAUGAAACACCGGAACGCAAACCUUCUACCCCGGAGGAACCGCUCAAGCAACCUGAACCAGUGAAACCUGCCCCCGUCCCUGAAGCUGCUCCCGCUCCAGCUCCGGUAGCGGCUCCUUCUGGCCCUUCAGGAUCCUCAGCCCGCCCAUCUGGUUCAGGCUCCACUUCGCAAACAUCCAAAACUGUGGCACGCACAAAUGCGGAUGAUAGUUACGAUGACGAACCUGAUGAAUCGCUCGGUGAACGACUUUGGGGACUGACGGAAAUGUUCCCGGAACCGGUCCGUGCGUUUUCCGGUGCCGUCACCGGACUGACGGUGCGCAGUGUCAAGGGCCUGUACUCGCUCACCUGCAAUGCGUCCUGGAUUUUCUUCACCACCUCCAUGAUUCUGUUUGCACCGGUCGUGUUCGAGGUCGAACGUGCCCAAAUGGAGGAAAUGCAAAAGUCGCAACAGAAGCAGGUCCUGCUGGGCCCUGGUGCAGCCGUUGGUGGCGGCGGCGCCGGACCGGGAGGACUGCCGGCCAUGCCUCCAAUGGCUGCGACCAGAUAAAAUGUCGCACCUAAGCAUAGCGAACGAAGCCAGUGUUAGUGUUUUAGUGCCGUUUACGCCGUUUGCCGUUUCUUUCAGUUUAUGUUUUGCUUUUUGAACGCCCUUAUGAGUGCCCCGCUUCUUCCCCGCUUCCGGAAAUGAGUAACAAACCAAAUAGUGAAGAGAACGGUAGCCAUCAGAUUGGUUCAGAGGACCGCCAAUUGGGAUUCCAUUUCAUGGACUUAUUUACGAACAAAUGCGUUUCCAUGGACCGUUGCUAAGUCGCAUGUAAACGGUGUGUAUUUUACGUAAAUUAUUGCGACUUUCUGAAUGAAUUUCGUUUAUCAGCAAUAUAUCGUUAAAAUAUCUUCA